AUGUCCUACUUUUUCCUUCUUCACACCCACUUAUUCCCCCUCAUCCUUUCUCUAGCUUUCUUAUCUCCCUACUUUUCCUUCUUCACACCCACUUAUUCACCCCCUCAUCAUUUCUCUAGCUUUCUUAUCUCCCUACUUUUUCCUUCUUCACACCCACUUAUUCACCCCUCUUUCCUUUCUCUAGCUUUCUUAUCUCCUACUUUUCUUCUUCACACCCACUUAUUCACCCCCCUCAUCCUUUUCUCUAGCUUUCUUAUCUCCUACUUUUCUUCUUCACACCCACUUAUUUCCACCAUCCUUUCUCUAGCUUUCUUAUCUCCCUACUUUUCCUUCUUCACCCCACUUAUUCCCCAUCAUCCUUUCUCUAGCUUUUCCCCCAUCAUCCUUUCUCUAGCUUUCCUUCUUCACACCCACUUAUUCACCCCUCAUCCCCUUCCUUCUCAGGCUUUCUUAUCUCCUACUUUCCUUCUUCCACCCACCAUUCACCCCCUCAUCCUUUCUCUAGCUUUCUUAUCUCCUACUUUUCCUUCUUCACACCCUUAUUCACCCCUCAUCCUUUCUCUAGCUUUCUUAUUCCUACUUUUCCUUCUUCACCCCACUUCACCCCCUCAUCAUUUCUCUAGCUUUCUUAUCUCCUACUUUUCCUUCACACCCACUUAUUCCCCCUCAUCCCAUUCUCUUUUCUCUGCUUUCCCACCCACUUAUCUCCUCUUUCUCUAG